AUGUCGUUUAAUCGUAUUAUAGCCUAUGAAAUUAGUCAGUUAGCUCCUGCCACAGCGUGGGAACAAGUGCCUGAUGAACUUAUGUCCGGUUACACUCUCAUUAAUGUUGGAUGCUCAGCUGAUAAAGCAAGUAAAGAUAACCCUUGGCGAAUACUACUGGCUGCAGCAAAACCCGAAGAUUAUGUCAUUGUUAAGCUAGACAUAGACACGUCUUCGAUUGAAUUACCAUUAAUUCAACAAAUACUAGAAAAUUCCACAAUUUCUCAAUUAAUCGACGAGAUGUUUUUUGAACAUCAUGUAACCGUCAAAGAAAUGAUACGCUAUUGGGGUCAUCCACCUGGCUCACUCAAUGACAGUUAUCAGUACUUUAUAAAACUAAGACAGCUAGGAAUUCGGAUGCACGCUUGGCCAUGA